GCGGUGACGCGUCUUCUGCUUCCAGUGUCGCAGUGUCAACAACAACAUAACCUAAUCGUGGUCCUUGACAGCAGAUAGAUACCGAAAAAAAAAGUUUUGUCGCGUGACUCGCAAGUCAGUGAUAAACCUUGGUGCCUGUUGCCUGCAUAAAAUAUUAUGGCGUCGCUGCUACCUGACUCGGACAGCGAAGACGAGCUGCCGCCGGGAUGGGAAGAGAGGGCCACUGUGGAUGGUUGUGUCUAUUAUGUCAAUCAUUCAACGAAGGGAUCGCAGUGGACCCACCCAAGAACCGGAAAGAAAAAAGUUGUGUCUGGAGAAAUGCCGUUUGGUUGGGAAAAGUGUGUUGAUGAGGAGAACAAGAUAUAUUACCAAAAUAAGGAAAACAACCGGAUUACGUACACAGACCCCAGACUAGCCUUUGCUAUUGAGGAAAAGGAGCAUCCAGGAGAUUUCCGCCAAAGGUUUGAUGGAUCCAGUACAGCACUUCAAGUAUUGCAUGGGCGUGACUUAAGCGGAAGAGUUGCUAUAGUCACUGGAGCAAACACUGGCAUUGGCUUUGAAACAGCCCGAUCUUUGGCACUUCAUGGCUGUACUGUUAUAUUUGCAUGCCGUGACUUUUCACGAGCUGAGGAAGCGAUAGCCAAAAUUUUCAGUGAGCGCUCCAACACAAAAUGCGAGUUCAUCCAAUUAGAUUUGCAAUCUCUGAAGUCUGUCAGAAAUUUUGCCAUCACUUUCCAGCAAAGAUUCAGGAAACUGGAUAUGCUUAUACUGAAUGCAGGAGUAUUUGCUGUGCCAUUUUCUCUCACACCUGAUGGCUUUGAGUCUGCCUUCCAAGUUAACCACCUAAGCCACUUUUAUUUAACUUUACUUCUCAAACCCCAGUUGGCACAAGCCAAACCAGCUCGAGUUGUUGUCCUCUCUUCUGAAAGUCACAGGUUUUCCUUUUUGAACCUGGAUUCUUUGACAGAAUUAAACCUAUCCCCAAACAAUGGCUCAGGAUAUUUUGGGACAGUAGUGUAUAAUAAUACUAAACUAUGCAAUGUUCUGUUUGCUAAGGAGUUGUCAGAACGUUGGGUGAAAGAUGAUAUUCAGGUGUUCUCUGUUCAUCCUGGAAACAUGAUUUACACAGACCUUCCUCGAUAUUGGUGGCUGUAUCGCGUUUUAUUUGCUUUAGUUAGGCCCUUCACCAAGUCUCUUCAACAAGGAGCAAGCACCAGUGUCUACUGUGCAACUGCUCAUGAACUUGCUGGCUGUACAGGUUUGUAUUUUAACAACUGUUGCCGUUGCACACCGAGCAAACCAAGUCAAGAUCCAGAAAUGGCCAAUCAGCUGUGGACUCUAAGCAUCGAUAUGAUAAAGAGAGUCAUGGGUGAGGAUGCAAUCCUAAGCAAAUCACAAGGUUAAAAUAUUUUAAACUUUAUUUUUGUAUUCAAUAUUUUGUACAAAAAUUGCACAUCAUUGGAGGUAGGGUUAAAAAUAAAUGGAUGUUUGAUGAAAA